UGCAGGUCCCCGCGCUGCCCACACCUGCAGUAGCCGAAGGAGGGAGAUUUAUCGUUUUGUGAUCCCGUACGAACAGCGACGUGUGUCUCGUCGUCGUUUCAUUGAAGAUGUCUCUCCUCGCCCUCUUGCUCCUGGCGGCUGCGACGACCCACAGCACAUGCGCACUGGAGGGGCCGCCCUUGGAGAGGCCCUACAGAAUCCUUAUGCUUCUCCCCGUGUCCUCGUGGAGCCACAGACACGUGUUCGUACCCGUUGCCGAGGCCCUGGCGAAUCGUGGGCAUCAGGUGGUGAUGCUGACCAAGUUCCCUCCUUCGCUCGACCACCCGAACAUCACGGAGCUCACCUACUGGCGUUCCAUCUACGAGGAACGCCUCGACUUCUUCGAGAUCAGGAAACACCCUUUGAUCUUCCUCGCUCGCUUUCGGGCCGAGCUGUCGUCGAUGGCACGCGAUCUCUACAACGAUACGACGGUCAUGGAACUGUAUCACGCCAGGAGGGACUUCGAUGUGGUGUUCGUCGAUGCGCUGUUUAAUGAGGCCCUAUACGCCUUCACUCACGAACUGCCCCUGAUCACCAUCUCGACCGUAGGGGACAAUUACCAGCACAGCGCCGUCAUGGGGAACUUCUACCACCCUGCCUACGUCCCUACGUUGCUGUGGGAUUUCGCCCGUCCUUGGUACCUCCAUGAUAAGGUCUUCAAUGUGUUGUGUCAUGUCAUCUACGCCGGGUUUUGGAGAUACGUUGUGGUGCCAGCGAUUGAGUAUGAGGUCAAGAAGCACUUCCCAGACCUUCCUCCGCUGCUCGAGCUGGAGAGAAACCAGAGCCUCGCCUUCGUCAACUCUCACUUCAGCGUUGACCUGACCUUGCCUCUGCUGCCGUCCCAGGUCCAGAUCGGGGCCAUCCACUGCCAGCCUGCCAAGCCCCUUCCCCAAGACUUGGCAGGGUGGGUCCGCGGCGCCGGCGAGGCAGGGGUGGUGUAUGUCAGCCUCGGCUCCAUGGCAAGGGGCGACUCCAUGCCUACCCACCACCGCGACCUCUUCGUCAGGGCCUUCGCCAGAAUGAAGCAGAGGGUGAUCUGGAAGUACGAGGGCGUGGUUCCGGGCGUGUCUGACAACGUGAUGGUGAGGAGGUGGCUUCCCCAGCAGGAUGUUCUCGCUCACCCAAACGUUAAGGUGUUCCUGUCUCACGGCGGCCUCCUGAGUCUGCAGGAGACGAUCUUCCACGCCACGCCCGUCCUGGCCCUUCCCAUCUUCGGAGACCAGCCCAAGGUCGCCGCCCUCAUCCAGAACGAAGGCUAUGGGCGCCGCCUGGAGUGGGAGGAGCUGACAGUCGACCUCCUGGUGGAGACCCUUCAGGAGAUCAUCAGCAACCCGAAGUACCUCGAGCGAGUGACCACCGCCUCCAGGACGCUCCGAGACCAGCCCGAGUCAGCCCAGGACCGCGCCGUCUACUGGACCGAGUACGUCAUUCGGCACGGCGGCGCCCCCCACCUCCGCUCCCCCGUCACCGAGCUCUCCUGGGCUGAGUUCUUGCUUCUCGACGUCCUCCUGGUGCUCGGGCUGGCGGCGAAGGGGGCCCACGUGCUCUAUAGGGCCCUUUCGCGGCGGACGUGGCCUCUGCAGGGAAUCAAGUGGAAGCUGGACUGACGGGGGGGAACGCUGUCUGUCUGUCUGUUGUUUCCCGCUCUCCGUCUGUCUUUUGUUUCGUUUGCUGUCUGUUUGCUGUUUCCUGCUCUCUGUCUGUCUUUUGUUUCGUUUGCUGUCUGUUUGUUGUUUCCUGCUCUCUGUCUGUCUUUUGUUUCGUUUGCUGUCUGUCUGUCGUCCGACUUGUCUUGAGCUCUCACUACCUCCUAAUAUGCAUACACCAAAUGUUUAUAUUAAGUCGAUUUUAAGGAUAUUUCAUGCUGCAAACCAAAUAAAAGAUAGCAAAUCUACUUCCUAGCAUGGGAACGAAGAAUACAAAGUUUAUGUUUUCACAAUACCAUAGUUUAUAAAAAUCAAACUGUUGUAGGUAUUAUCAUGUACAUCAAAAAGCUUGUAGAGCCGUUUAAAUGCAUUAAUCUUUAGGUUUACUGAUAUUUCACUUUGGAAAUGUAUUAGUGCAGAGUACAAUCUCUGACGUACAUACUGCCAAUGUCCUUAUACUCUUGGCAGUCGAAUAUAAAGCUUUAUAAUUUCAAAUGAUCUCUG